AGUAGUGCAGAAGUGCACUACUGAAGUUCCCUACUCUCUCUCUCUCUCUCCGUAUGAAGAGGCUCAUACUUUUAUUCAACACAGUUGCGUUUUAUAUCAAAGCGACAUUUUUUCCUUAACGAGUCUCCUGAAGGGAAGUUAUCUCUUAUCGAAAGUGUUUUUGACAUGUUUCCAAGUUCGUUUUGGGCGAAAUGAUGCAUUAAAUUAGCAUUAGCCAGUGCUAUCUUUGCUAGCUUGCUAUCAGUGCUCUCUCAUAGAGUGCUAACAGUUAGCCGGCUAGCUAAUCCAAUAGACUUAAUAUUGUUCGGAACUUAGCUGGCUUGGCAUUGCUAACUUCAUAGAGCUAGCUAUUUAUCCAGACAGGGUUACAGUUUGAAGACUUUGUGGUUGAUGUUUAAAUGUUUGUGCUCUUGUUUGAAAGGAUUUGUGCAUUUUUUAAGCUGAUAUUCACACUUCGUUUUUUGACAGCGAGGCCGUGAACUAGCCAUCAUCAUCAUCAUCGGUCUCUACUUAGCUUAGCCUGUUAGCUAGCUAGCUAGCUAGUAGAGAGACGGACAGACAGACAUAGAGACAGACGUAGCUAAAGUUCGGCGCUGUGCUUCGGGAUGCCUGCGAUGUUGGAAAAGGGUACGGCGGAGAUUUCAGGGAAGAGGAGAGGCAGAAACUCGGUGAAUAACCCGACGAAAAGUUUUACUUCGAACGGCAAUAGUAACAAUUCUUGGGAGGAAGGAAGUUCGCCUUCUUCUAGUGAUGACGAGCACGGUGCAGGAGGGAUGCGAGUCGGCCCACAGUUUCAAGCUGUAGUUCCAGACUACGACCCCGAAGUGGCCAAGGCGAGCCAGGAGAGAGAAAAUCUGGGGAUGCUGGUGUGGAUUCCUAACCAGACUCUGUCAGAGUCUAAAUUGGAUGAGUAUAUUGCAAUAGCCAAAGAGAAACAUGGGUACAACAUGGAGCAGGCAUUGGGAAUGCUUUUCUGGCACAAACACAACAUAGAGAAGUCUUUAGCAGACCUGCCCAAUUUCACCCCUUUCCCUGACGAAUGGACAGUAGAGGACAAAGUGUUGUUUGAACAGGGUUUCAGCUUUCACGGCAAGACUUUCCACCGCAUCCAACAAAUGCUUCCAGACAAGUCUAUUGCAAGCCUUGUUCGGUUUUAUUAUUCCUGGAAGAAAACGCGCAGUAAAACCAGUGUCAUGGAUCGGCAUGCACGCAAACAGAAGCGAGAUCGUGAGGAGAGUGAUGACGAGGCGGAUGAGACGAGCUGCAUCUCUCCAGCUGACGCAGAAUUGGAAUCAAACAAGGAGGAAAAAAAAGAGGGUGCAUCUGGACUUGAAAAGCAGGAUACAAAACCUGUACCUAUCCAGAAGCCAGCACCUCUCACAGACAAGCCAGCUCACAUUAAAAAGGAAGCACAAGGUCCAAGGAGCCACCACCGGGCCAAGAGAAAGCCUCCCAAAGGCAUGCACCUGAACCAGAGUGAUGUGACUGCCAUGUCAAGCAGUGGCCCAGCCGCAGCCAGCGUUCUCAGGCAGCUGGACAUGGAGCUCAUCGCCAUUAAACGACAGAUCCAGAGCAUCAAACAGAACAACAGUGCCCUAAGAGAAGCGCUCGAUACAGGGGUAGAGGAGUUUCGGCCUCCUGAGGUGAGUCAGAAAUUCAACACACGCUGGACUACAGAGGAGCAACUUCUUGCGGUACAAGCUAUAAGGAAAUACGGAAGGGAUUUCCAGGCCAUUUCCGAUGUCAUCGGCAACAAGUCUGUGGUUCAGGUGAAGAACUUCUUCGUAAACUACCGCCGCCGCUUCAAUUUGGAUGAAGUGCUGCAGGAGUGGGAGGCCGAGCACGGUGUGGAAGCCUCCAAGAGCUCGGAAGAAGAGAAAAUGGAGGUGUCGUCCGAGGAAGGAACCACCACACCUGUACCACCAGAGGACCAGAAGGAGGUCUGAAGGAACCUAUGCCCACAGAAGCACAGACCCCCUCUGCCUCUUGAGUGCCCAUAUCUGAGAGAUCAGAUGUUUCUGAUCCAAGCGCUAUCUGCAGUCCAGUUGAAGGCAUGCUGUGCUGAAGAGGCACCGGCUUGUACCCACCAUUCCCACCGGUCUCCUUGCUGCUGCUCCUUUGACUCGGCUGAAAUCUUUUGAUUCUUACAUGUCCUCCAAAGUCAACUGGCCUCAACUGGCCCCAACCCAGGAAUAAGGAUAGUCUUUACUUUUGUAUUGUCACUGCCAACAGGAAGUCGUCUCUGUCAGGUCAAUGUUGUGCCUGGUGCGCCAAGCGCUAUAUUCUCUGAACCUUCAGAAACGCAGAGGACGCCGGAUGGAUUUUGUGAUCUCGUCAACAACAGAGGAAAGUUUGACUUUUGUCGAAGGUUCAAUAAACAUUGUUUUGGUCUCCUUCAUAACUUGCUAGUUAUUUUAGUGUCGCAUCCAGCUCUUGCAUAAGUUUUGUUCCUUGUCAGUUUGUACAGUGAUCAUAUUUACUAUGUUUGAUUUUAGAUGAGUCAUCAUUGCUAUCAUGACUUAAACUAUUCGUCUAUUUAUUUGCUUAAUAAGUUGUUUGAAAGGAAUAAUAGUUUUUCCAGUUAUGAAAGAACGUGUAUUGAGUUCUUGAUGCCUGAAUCUGAAAGGCAUAUGAAAUAGUCUUGAUUCUGUUAAUUGGUAGAACGGCCAGCUUUGGUGCUGCAAGUAACCGAGAUAAUUAUCUGCCUUUAAAGACAUGACAGUGAAGUCAUUUAGCAAAGUUAGUAUUAGUAUUUUUAUUUAUUCAGCCAUGUAAAAUAUGUUUAACAUAUAAUUAAGUGAUUUUCUUCAAGUGAACCAAGCAAAUAUAGACAAGUCAGACAAUUUAUUGCCUCUUAUCUCCCACAUACUGGCUCUUCCCAGGUCCUCAGGGAUGUGCUACAGAAGCCAGACAUCACUGAGGAACUCAUGACGACUCGGCCUUAUUGCAGCUGGAAUGCAAACGCAAGUUUGUGUUCGGCUUUAUUUUAAAUCCAUUUUAAAUUCUGGACAGUUGGAUGGGUGAAACCUAUUAUUAACGAAUUAUGAAUAAAUGACAAAGCAGGUGAAGGUGUCAAUCUUGAACAUCCUCCUUUUAAGAUAUUCAAAUCAAUGAAUUCAGAAUAUUUAAUUUUCUUUAAAUAUAGUGGGUUCAGUGUAUCAGGUUCUCACUUGAUUAGAAUUUAAGUGAAUUGCUUAAGUAAUGCAUUAAGAAAGAAGCUUAAUGGGCAGUUAAUAAUUGUUGGUGAGGGUUGUGUGUGAAUAUUGAAAAAUAAAAUUAUCUUAUGUUUUUUUUUUUAUUAUUUUUUUGGUAUAUGCUUUUGUCUUGGGUUUUUAACGAGGUGUGCUAAGGUCUGUCGUGCAUGCAUGGGCAAUUAUUUGGUAAAAGUGGUCCAAGUUUAAUGGUGUAUUCUCCAGUAAAAUAAGAAGGGACAUGUGGAUGCAGGUUGUUCAGUUAUUACAAGCACUACAGAUGUAAUAGAUGCAGGCUACUGAGAUUUGGACACAAAUGGUCAAGUCUGUCCUGAGGUUAUUUUCUUUUUCUCCAUCCAUAUUCAUUUACUGUGUCAACCACAAAUAGGAAGCCUGAAUGAUUUAGAUGAUCUUUGUCCGUGUGUGUGUGCGCACGCGCGUGUGCAUACAUGCUUCAGUGUGUGUUUUCUGACAAUACAGACUUUGCCCACAUAUAACCGGUUUGUCACAUUAGCCACAGAAUAAACCAGUGCGAUUUAACCAAAUAA